UGGGAGUGAAGUGAACCCAAGAAUUUGUUUGUAUCUACAAGAAGUGAUUGAUUUCCACACCAUUUUAGCCCACAACAGGCAGCAGUACCACAAACACACACACACACACAUAUUAAUACUAUUGUAGCUCUCAAAAUAAUUUCUCCACCACCACAACACGCAACCCUAAACGUCUUCCAUUCACCCUCAUUAUAUCUCAUCUUUCUUCUUCCAUCUCAUUAGUACCCCACCGUAGAUCGUACCAUAGAAUACUUUAAUUGGGCACGCAGAGGAAAAUUACACAUAGUGGCCUAAAAUAAGAGAUUGAGAGGAGUUGGCAAUGGCAAUGGCGGAGGCUGGGUUUUCUGUAGGUUCGCGCUUUAGAGCGCGUGAUUCUAGUCCUGAGUCUGUUGUUUUCACUCUCGAGUCGAAUUAUAGCGUUUUCUCUUCUACUUCUGCUAGUGUUGAACGCUGCUCUUUCGCCUCUGAUGCUCACGAUUAUGACUGUCGAAACUCUGAAAUUUCCCUGCAUCUGGAAGGGAAUAUUGAGGAAUGUAAAGAAGAAAACAAUGGUUCAGAUUCUGAUCCGGAGGCAACCGAUUCCUCUGUGGGAAUGGAGCUCAAUCGUCUACCCGGAAAAAGAGAGAAAAUGAAAGUUGAAAAGGAAAACAGCUAUAUUGAUGCGAUGAAUGGAUGCCAACCAUUAAAUAUGGCUAGAAACUCCUUUUCUCUUGCUCUUAAAGAAUGUCGCGAUCGAAGAACUAGAUCCGAAGCUUUAUCGAAUAAGGUAGACAGACAAAGAGCUGCAUCAUUGGAUUUGAAUAGUGUCACUGUCUCAUCUCCUCAUCUGGCAAUCACGAGAAAGAGCUCUUUCUCUCCUAUAAUGUCUGAUACUAGUAUGCUACAAAGUCCUGCUGUGACGAGUUGUAGGCCUGCCAAUGCCGAAAUCCAAAAAGGUUGGAACUCAGAAAGAGUUCCGUUACAUAAAAAUUAUAGCUCAAAACAAGCGACUACCACAUUCUUGCCUUUCAGUAAUGGGAGAACAUUGCCAUCAAAGUGGGAGGAUGCAGAACGGUGGAUCUUCAGUCCUGUUUUCAGAGAUGGUGUAGUCAGAUCUGCUGUCCCUCCACCUCAGAGACGGCCUAAGUCAAAAAGUGGCCCUCUUGGAUUUCCUGGUAUUGUGUACAAUUCAUCGUAUUCACCAGGAAUGCAGAUGCUGGAAAGCUCAAAGGAGGUGAAUUUCGUGUCUUCACCUUUUACACCAGGAAUUAUUGCCGCAGAUGGGUUGGGAGUUCAUUCAAGUGGCCAUGAAGCAGACAAACCUGUACAAAAUCAGCCUUGCAUAGCACGUUCAGUUAGUGUGCAUGGCUGUUCUCAAACGAGGAGCGAGUCUUUAUUGACUAAAUCAGUUGCUCAAAACUCUAAUGGAGUCAAAAACUCAACCACAAAUAUAGCUUGUGGUGUUUCAAGAAAGGACAUGGCUACCCAAAUGAGCCCAGAUGAUGACUUUAAAUCAUCUUUGGAGAUUAGACCACCUAUCUCUAUCGCCACUUCUUCUGUCCAACCCAUUAGGAAACUUAAGAGCCUGUCUUGCUCGAAAUCGGAAGUCAGGGACGUUGAGGUUGAUGGACGUGUUACCUUGACUAGGUGGUCUAAGAAACACAAAUCUCGGAUUCCAUGCAAGGGCCAAGUUCAUGAUAAAGAUGCCGAGCCUGUGAUCUGUGCUUGGGAUGUUUCAGACACAACUAGGAGCAUCUCAAAAGUCAUGAGAGAGGAGGCAAAGAUUACAGCGUGGGAGAAUCUUCAGAAGGCAAAAGCUGAGGCUGCUAUUAGGAAGUUAGAGAUGAAGCUGGAGAAGAAGAGGUCAUCAUCCAUGGAUAAGAUCAUAAAAAAGUUGAAAUCUGCUCAGAAGAGAGCUCAAGAAAUGAGGAACUACGUGCUAGCUAAUCAGAUGAGCCAAGUUGAUGUAUCUUCUGGCAGAAGCCCUCAGAGAACUUCAUUAAGUGGUUGCUUCACUUGCCACGCUUUCUGAGGCUGUAUCAAGGAAAUUACUCCAUAUGUCAGGUAGCCAUAACCUUUCUGCUAAAAGCAAGUCUUUAUUCAUUCUUUCUCCCUGCAAUAUCCUCUCUCUUAACCAACCAAAAGAAGGAAAAGAAAGAAAAAAGAAAAAGGAAAGUUUCAAUUAAAAAGAGGGGUUUUGAGAAAAUCUCUAGUGGCAGAUCUUCUUGAAUGAAAUCUGGUGACCGACAAGCAUUGCCAAUGGCCGACCAAGUCAACAGUUGGUUGAUGUUGAAAGCAUGAAAGUUUUAUUAGGGAUGUAGGGUAUAUGAUACAUAAGAAUGUCUCUUGAUUGUAGCUAGGAGUGAUGAAUUUCCAUCUUAUGACAUAUUUCUAAUCCAUUCAUAUUUUUAGCUUGAGUUUCA